UUAAUAAUUUUCUUCAGGUUAUUCACUAUUUUACCACAAUGAAAUUCUUAAAAUUCCUCAUCUGCAGCUGCUUUGGCUCGAAUAAGAAAGAGCACAGUAAGCAAGCCAAAAGCUUUGAACAAGCAACAAAUCCGGCAAUAAUUAGCUUAGAAAAGGAUAUCCAAGAGACUUCUGAGGUUAUGUCUGGGAAUAAGUGUCAAGACCCUUUCAAGGGUUCAAAAACUCCAGAAAGACUUCUUUCUUCCCAAAACAUUUAUAUCUGAAAUACCAAUGGAACUGAGGAGGUUGAACUCACAGAUAGCUCUCCAAAGAAGCUAAGAAAUCAUUUUUCUGACUCUUUUGAGCUUACUACUUCUGAUGCUACAGACCUUGAAAGUUCUCAGAAGAUAGAGCUAGAUAGCUCUAAUUGCUUCGACAACCUUUAUGAAGGAGACUGUAUCGAGACUAAGCAGCAUCGUGAAUUUCUUAUUAAAAACAAAAAGUCUCUUUUACGGGCUAUCAAUCUGAACAUAUUCAUAUCUGAAAAAUGUCAAGAACUAGAUCUGGAAAGUAGGAUCAGGCAUAAGAGGAAUGCGAAUUUAGAGUCAAAUGCUCCACUUGCUUCGAUUCUUGAAUACGAGACUUAUGAUGACUUAGACUGCUAAACUCCGACCAAUUAAGCUGCAAAUCAUGAAGAAGACUCGAUCAAC